AUGGGGAGUAUCAAAAAUAAUAGUAGUGAUGCAGAGAUAGCAGUUAUUGGUAUAGGUUUUAGAGUUCCAAGUGGUAGUUUGUCAAAAUCAAUUUCAAAAACUAAUCAACUCUGGGACAGUUUGGUUAAUGGUUUCGAUGGUAUUGCAGAAACAUCGGAAAGGUGGUCUGAUAACUACAGCAUAGCCGGUGAUAUCAUUUCUAAAUAUGCUGGUCUCAUUCCGCUCGAUGAAUGGAAAUCUUUUGAUCCAGUUUUCUUUGGUAUUAAUCCAAGUGAUGAUAAUGUCAGCUCAAUAGAUCCACAACAAAGAUUGAUAUUAAAGUGUACAUGGGAAGCACUUGAAGAUGCUGCUAUAGAUCCAUUAACAUUAAGAGGUUCAAAUACAAGUACUUUUAUAGGUUCCUCAACAAUUGAUUAUAAUAACCUAAACAAAUCACCAUUUGAAAUCCAAAGUAAUAUAUUUGGGUCAACAACCCACUCAAUGGCAAACAGAAUCUCUUUCCACUUUGAUUUUCGUGGUGAAUCACUUACAAUCGAUACUGCAUGCAGUUCGUCAUUAAAUGCAAUUAAUCUUGGUUAUAAGUCAAUUAAAGAUGGUACCUCAAAUGUCUCUAUUGUAGGUGGUGUUAAUUUAAUAUUAGACCCCAAUAUUUCAAAAUCAUUUUCACAAUUGGGUAUACUUAGUCCAACUGGAAAGUGCCACUCAUUUUCAUCUGAUGCUGAUGGUUAUGUAAGAUCUGAAGGUGUUGGUGUUGUUGUAUUGAAGAGUUUAAAACAAGCAAUUAAAGAUGGUAAUAAUAUUUAUUGUGUUAUAAACGGAUCAAGUUCAAAUGUUGAUGGUAGUUAUGAUAAAGCAAAUUUUUAUCAACCAUCAAAGUCAUCUCAAUAUGAAAAUAUUAAAUCUGCAAUUAAGUCUACUAACGGAUUAGUUAAUGCUUCAGAUAUUGAUUACUUUGAAUGUCAUGGUACUGGUACACCAACCGGUGAUCCAAUAGAACUAGAGGGUAUUUCAAAAGUAUUCAGUGAAUCAAAUAAAAAGAUUUUAAUAGGAUCUAUCAAGUCUAAUAUUGGUCACAGUGAAGCAUCAUCUGGUGUAAUGGCAUUAAUCAAAUGUUGUGUAAUGUAUAAAAACAAAUCAUUUGUUCAAAACAUAAACUUUAAAUCACCAAAUCCGGAUAUCAAAUUCGAUGAAUGGCGUCUAAAAGUAGUAAAUGAACUCACUCCAUUUGUAAAAAAGAAUACUGUUAUGGCGAUCAAUAACUUUGGUAUUACUGGUUCAAAUUGUUGUAUUAUUUUAUCGGAGUACAAUCAAGAUAUAGUUCAAAAUGAAUAUAUUGAAAACAAAAAAUAUUUAAUUCCAUUCUCAUCAAACUCAUCAAUAUCAUCAGAUAACUACAAACAAAUGGUAAACAAGCAACAAGGAACAUUAGAUUUUAAUGAGUUUGUAAACAGCCAAAUCAAAUAUAAAUCAACAUCGCUUGCCCAAAGAUCAGUUAUUAUUGCAAGUAAUUGGGAUGAAUUAAAUGAUAAACAAAAUGAAAUAAAAUCAUCUUCAAAGUCAAAUACACUUUCAAACAUUACAGUUAAAAAUAAGAAUCCAUUUACAGUUUUUGUACUUUGUGGUCAAGGAUCCCAAUAUAAUAAAAUGGGAUUGGAACUAUACGAAAAUGAACCAAUUUACAAACAAUGGGUAGAUAAAUUUGAUGCUGAACUUUUCAAAUACUAUGGGUACUCUGUAUUAGAAAAACUUAGAUCAAUUGAUGACAAAGAUAUGAUAUCAAUACAUGAACCAAUUCUUGCACAGCCAUCAAAUGUAAUGAUUCAAGUAUCAUUAUUUGAACUAUAUAAACACUGGGGUAUCAAAGCAGAUUUAAUCGUAGGUCAUUCUUUGGGGGAAGUAUCAUCUCCAUAUUGCUCAGGUAUGAUCGACUUUGAAACAUUAUGCUAUUUAGUAUACCAUAGAUCAGUAGCUCAGAAUAGAACAACUGGUACUGGUAGAAUGCUAUCUAUUAAUAUUAGUGCCGAAGAAUAUAUUAAAAAUUACUCAUCGAAAUUUCCAUCGAUCGAAUUUGCUUGUUUCAAUUCACCAUCUUCAAUUGUAAUCGCUGGUAAAGAACAUCUAUUAAAUGAAAUAUCAGCUGAUUUAAAAUCUAAAGAAAUAUUUUGUGCAAUGCUCGGUUCAUUAUCAUCAUUCCAUACAUCAAGUCAAUUAAUGAUUAAAGAUGAGGUUUGUUCAUUAAACAUUAAAUCAAAACAAUCAACAACCCCAGUAUUUUCAACAGUCACUACCAACUUAUUUAAUCAUGAAACAACACCAUUCAAUGCAGAGUAUGUUUUUGAAAAUGUUCUUCAACCAGUUAGAUUCACACAAACUGUUUCAAACAUAUAUAAAUAUAUUGAAGAAAACAACUAUGGUAACGAAAUCACAUUUAUUGAAGUCGCUCCCCACCCAACACUAUCCUUCUAUUUAAAUCAAAUGAAAUCAAAACAAUCAUCUUAUUUUAAUAAUGGUGAAAAAGUAACCAUUUAUUCACCACUACACAAAAAGAAAAACGAUUAUGAUGAAUUCUUAAAAACAAUUUCAACACUUUAUGUAAACAACUCAUAUGACAUAAAUUUCAAAUCACAAUUAAACCAAUCUACCAAUGUAAACAAUUUACCUUUGUAUCAAUGGGAUGAUAAAAUGUAUUUUAAAAUUCAUUCAUCAAUUGAAAAAAUUAAAAAUGAAGGACCUGCAAUUCAACAUCUUGGCAAUUCAAAUGAAUCACCAUCCAAAUCAUAUCAAACAUUUAUCGAUAUUAAAAAGUUACCAUUCCAGUGGCUAAAAGGACAUCAAGUAAAAGGCAAAUACUAUUUCCCAGGAUGUGGUCAUAUUACAAACAUAUUCAACUCCUUCCAAAAUCAAGAUAUUACAAUUGGUUCAAUAGAAUUUAGAACUCCAUUAGUUUUACAAGAUGGUAUUAAUCAAUCUCUACAAACAACAAUUAAUACACUUUCAAAAAAUGAAUAUAACGUAAAGUCUCAUUUCAAAGAUACAACUACAAAUCAAUGGGUAUUAUGCUCAACUGCUAAUUUUAGUUUAUUCAAACAUGGAAAUGAAAUUAAUAAAGUCGAUAUUGACAAAUUAAAAAAGAAAUGUAGUUUUACCAAAUUAUCAAAAUCAGAACUCUAUGAAUCAAUUAAAAUCAAAACUGGGUUAGGAUAUAAAGGAUUAUUCCAAGGGGUAAAUGAGUGCUAUAUUGGAAACAACCGCUCUCUUUCAACUGUGUCUUUAAACGAAAUUCAAAAUCAAAAAGAAUAUAAUCAUUUAGUUAACAACAAUACAAUGAAGUCAUUCUUUAAUGCUGCCAUAUUAGAUACUUGUUUACAUGGUAUGUUAGGUUUUGUAAAACAUCAAUGUCAAAUUGUAUUAGAUAGAAUCGAAGGUUUGAAAUACUAUUCAUCAAAUAUACCAUCAGAUCAACAUUCAGAAGUUUAUGUAUACUCUGAAAUGAAAACAAGAAUUGACUCAUAUUCAUACUCCGGCUCCAUUAAAAUAAUGUUAAAUGAUGGAACAUUAUUAAUUGAAAUUGCAAAUAUUAUAUGUACAUCAUUAACUCCAAUAAUCGAUAAUACAUUGAUUAUCCCACCUCCAUCAAAUGAAAUAUAUACACCAUACCAACAAUCAAAAGAUUCAAUUAUUAACAAUCCAGAGUCUUUCAAACAUCUAUAUCAAGUUGAAGAAAUAAAUGCACAAGAUCAAAACAAUAAUAUAAUAUCAAAUGAACACAUAUUAUGGCUAUUUUAUACACAUAUUAAUCAAAGAUGUCCAAAUAUCAACAAAGACAUACUAUCAACAUUAGACUACAAUCAAUUUAAACAACUAUAUUAUAAAGAAUCAAUAAAUGAAAACUUUUUUAUAUUCAUUUAUGAAAAUUUAAAAAAAUAUAAUGAAAUAGAUGAUAAAAAUCAACUAUGCCAACAAAUCCACAAAAAUGAAGAAUUGUUUGAAACAACCACUCAAAUAAUGGCAAAACAAAUAUUCACAAUAGAAAAUGAUCAAACUCAACCAUUACUUGCUGAUCACUUGUUGUUAAAACAAAUUUAUCAAAAUUUAAACAGUUUCCAUUUACCAAAUAAUAUUAUGUGUGAAAUUAUUUCAGAGUCAAUUAAACCGAUUACAAAGGAGCCAAUGGUAUUUAGAAUAUUAGAACUUGGGGGCGGUGUAGGUUCAUUAUCAACUCUAGUAUUAGAAAAAAUUGACAAACUAUUAAAUGAUAGUCCUUCAUCAAACAUUGAUAUCGAAUUUACCUAUAGUGAUGUUUCAGAUUCAUUUUUAAGUGAAAUCCAAGAAAAACUAUCAAUUAUCAAAGGAAUCAAUAUAAUUUAUCGUGUUCUAGAUUUAGACAAAUCAUUCAAAGAUCAAGAUUUAAGACCAUCCUAUUAUGAUAUGGUUAUAAUGUCAAAUGUUAUGUAUCAAGUUAGACAACUUAAAUCUACCUUAAAUGAAAUUCAUAACAUUUUAACACCAAAUGGUCAAUUAAUUUUUAUUGAGCCACCAUACAAAUCAGCCCAAUAUGACUCUAUAUUCGGAGUAUUCCCACAAUGGUGGUCAUCAUCUGAAGAUACCACAAUCAGAAAAGAUAGAAGUUGUAUAAAACAAGAUAGCUGGGUUAAGAUAUUAAAUGAAUGUGGCUAUAAAGAUACAACAAUGUCUGGUAAUGAUAGCUCUAUAUUUUUAAUACAAACAAGAAAGCCAACAAUAAAUGAAACAGUAUUAUCAAGUUUAGAUUCAAUGGAACAGCUAUCUACAUAUAAUAAUAUCAUCCUAUUUGGAAACAGUAAUAAGUUCAACACUAAUGAACUAUUUAAAUCAAACAAACAAUUAAAAACAAAAGUACAUCAAAUGAACAACUUUAAAGAGUUUAAUAACUGGCUUCAAGAAUCAAAUGACUCAGUUAAAAAAUGUAAAACAUUAAUUAUGUUCAUAAAAGCAACUGAUACACUAGAUAUAAACAAUUUUAAAGAAAUAACACUCGAGUAUAUUCAAAUUAAUCAAACCAUACUACAAUAUGAAUUAUCAGAUUACUUUAAACAUGUUUUAAUAUCACUUGAUUCAACAUCAAAUAACUAUUUGUCAUCAUCAAUCAAUGGUGCCGCAAGAUAUUUUGUAGAGUUCCCACAGUUAGAUUUAUUUAUAUUAGAUUUCGAUACCAUUUCAAUUCAAAAUGAAAAUUUACUAUCACUAAUCAAUAUAUUAAUAGACUCAAAAUUGAAUAUACAAAGAGAAUUUACAAUUAAAAAUAAUAUAGUAUAUUAUGAAAGAUAUAAAAAACAAACAAAAAUCAAACAAUCAUUUAAAUCAAAUUCUUUCGAAACAAAUAAAGAUAACUUAAUGGUUCAGCUCGAUCCAAAUUUAGAAUAUGUAUUAAAAACUAAAAAACAAGAAAUAAAACCAAAUGAAAUCGAAGUCGAAGUUAAAGGUACUGGUAUCAACUAUAAAGACUAUUUAAUGUAUAUUGGUCAAAUAUCAAAUAAUCUUGAUCUCAAAUAUGGCAAAGAAGAGGAGGUUGAAAAUGGAUUAAAUCAAAUUCCAAAUAUUGGAAAUGACUUUAGUGGUAUUAUAACUCGUUGUGGAAGCGAUGUAACUAAAUUCAAGAUAGGUGAUGAAGUAUUUGGUACAGCAUCAAAAACAAGUGGAUCACACAUUGUUAUAGAUUAUAGAUAUGUUUAUUACAAACCAAAUAAUAUGAACCAUGUUCAAGCUGCAUCCAUUCCUUCAGUUUAUGUUACAACAUUACACAGUAUAUUCUAUACAGGUAAUUUACAACCGGAUCAAACUAUUUUAAUUCACUCAGCAGCAGGUGGUGUAGGUCUUUCAUCAUUAGAACUAUUAAAAUGUAAACAACACAAAGGUUAUAUAUUUUUAACAGUUGGUUCAAAAGAUAAAGAAGAAUACCUAAUGGAUACAUAUGGCUCAUUUAUUACAGGUAUCUAUUCAUCAAGAAAUAAAAACUAUGUUCACCAAAUUAAAAACAAAUUAAUAGAAUUAGAAUGCGAUGAAGAUCAUCAAGGUGUAGAUUUAAUACUAAACACUCUUUCAUCAGAAUAUAUGGAUUCAAAUUUCCAAUGUUUAAAUACUUGUGGUAGAAUUGUAGAUCUUUCAAUUACACAUUUAACACCAAAUGACUAUAUUACAAACAAUCACUUUAAAUACAACUAUGGAUAUAAUAAUGUAGAGCUUAUCGUAUUUUCAGGACCAUUAUUUAGAAGUUUAUUAAAAAAAGUGGUCAAAAUGUUUAAUUCAAAUAAAUUAGAACUAAUUCCAAUUAUUGAAUAUUCAAACAGCCAAUUUAAAGAUGCACUUGAAUAUAUUAACCAAAGACAACAUAUUGGUAAAAUUGUUGUAAAUCAUGACACCGAUAUCAUAUCAAGAGUAUUUAAUGAACAAGACAACUCAAUUAUUAUGAAGAAUAAUUAUGAUAUAUCAAGAUUAAAUAUGGGUAAAAACAUUUUAGUAACAGGUCAAACAGGUAUUAUAUUAGAAAUAUUAAAAUGGUUGGUUAAAUAUUCAAAUAAAUCAAUCGAUAAUAUUAUCAUUCUAUCAAAAUCACCAUUAAAAUGGGAAUUAGAGUUAUUAAUCAAUCAAACCAAACAUCAAAAAGAAAACUCAAUUAAUUUCCACUUUAAUCAAAUCGAUAUAGAAAAUAGUAACGAAAUUCAAAAAGUAUUAAAUAACUUAGAAUUAAAUUCAAAUAUUAAAAAUAUUGAUACAGUAAUUCACUUUGCAUUUGUAAACGAAAUCGGAGAUCUUCAAGAUGUCGAUAUGAGUCGUUUAAAUAUUGCUCAUGGUGCAAAAACAAUGGGUGCAGUUAAUUUACACAAUGAAUCAAUUCAACGUUCAUGGAAAAUGAAACAAUUUAUUAUGGCAUCAUCAGUUGUAUCAAUUAUAGGUUCAAAUAGACAAUGUUGCUAUGUAAGUGCUUGUAGUGUAAUAGACUCGUUAUCAAAAUAUAGAAAAUCAAUUGGAUUGCCAUCAUUAUCAGUUAAUUUAGGUGCAAUAGCAUCAACAGGUGUUGUUUCAAGAAAUGAUGCAAUCGAAGCAAUGUUCCAAAGUUCGACAGUUAAAUUAAUAUCACCCCAACUAAUAUUCAGCUCAAUAGAUUUAUUUGUUCAAAAUAUAGAAAACUAUCCAAACUAUUGUUUAAACGAUUUCAAUUAUGAAAACAUUCCUUCAAAUAUAUCAAAUUAUAAUUUCUUCAAGUUUGAUUAUCAAGUUAAUAUGGUUAAAAAAACAACCAAAAUAAUUCAAGCAAGUAUGAACAGUGAUGAAGUUAUCAAAUCAUCAAUUAUAAAUAAAAUAUCAGAAUUGUUGUCGGUUGAUCAAACAAAAAUUAAUGUCGACUAUCAACUAACACAAUUGGGUCUUGAUAGUUUAGUUAUUGUCCAAUUAAAGAAUUGGAUAGAUACUCAAUAUGGCCACAAUUUAAUUACAAUUCAACAACUACAAAAUAAUAAAAUAUCUCAAUCUUUGGAAAUCAUAACAAAAGGAUACAUUAGCCACUCAUCAAAAAAGAAGAUAGAUAAAAAAGAAAAUAAAAUAUCCAUUGAAGAGUUUAUUAAAAAUGAAAUUAAAAUAGAAGACUCAAUAAUUUCAAAACAGUGCUCAAUUCAAACCAUAUUAAAUAACAAAAAUAAAUCAAUAUUAUUAACAGGUUCAAAUGGUUAUCUUGGUGCUUACCUAUUAAAUCAUUUAGUUAAAAUUGAAAGCUGUUCAAAAGUUUACUGUUUAAUAAGAAACAAAUCAAACUCACCAAAUCCAAUAAACGAGAUAAUAAAUAACUUAAAAUAUCAUCAAUUAUAUGAUAGUUUAACAAAACAAGAAAUCUCAAAGAUAGUUACAAUCGUCGGGGUUAUUUCCAAUGAAAACUUUGGACUUUCAAAUGAAAACUAUACAAUACUUUCAAAAGAAGUAGAUAUUAUUAUAAAUUCAGCAGCAGAUUUAAGUUUACAAUCGAACUAUCAUGAAAGUAAAAUUAUAAAUAUAAAUUCUUUAAAAGAAUUUUUAAAGCUCUCAGUGUCAAGCGAAAUUCAGAAGCCAAUCGUACACUUUUCUUCGUUCUCAGUGUUCUUUAAUCAAUCAUUAAAUGGUGAAGAGUUUGACGAAGAUAAAAUAAUGCCCAAAUUUGACAACACCUCAAUAGGAUAUAUGCAAACAAAAGUUAUUUCAGAACUUUUAUUAACAAAUGCACAAAAAUCAAGAGGUAUACCAUCAUUAAUUAUUCGUUUACCAGAUAUUUGGUCAAAUCCUGAAACUGGUAUAGGUCAUCCAAAUGAUAUAUAUCAAACAUCUUUGCAAUGUUCAAGUGUUAUUGGAUAUUACCCAAAUAUUUAUAAAGAUUUAUUUACAUCACCAAUAACAACAAUUUCAAGAAAUAUAAUAAAUUUAAUUUUUAAUGAAAAGAGUUGGUUAAAUAAUACAAAUUCAAUUUACAAUUUAAAUGGUAACCCAAUCGAAACCAAGUUUUUCUAUAACAUAUUGGAAAAAAAUUAUAAUUGUAAAGAAAUAGAAUAUGAAAAAUGGAGGGAGUUAGUCUCUAAGUCUAAUCACAAGUCUUGUAUUACAUAUAAUACAUACCACAAUAAAUACUCAGAUAAUUUUGUUUCUAGUUUCUCUAUUGAAAAAGGCUUCAAAAUGUCAAAUAAAACCAAACAAUUGUUGAAAUCAACAGACUCCUAUGAAGAAAAUGAAUGGGAAAUUAAUGAAGAUAUGGUUAUAAGAAAUAUAAAUCAUUAUGUUGUUAAGAACAACUGCUUUGCUAAAGAAUCCAAAACAAAUUAA